GACGUCACUGAUGAGUACUUUGGUUGAGCAGGUCUGAGCCUUGCUACCAAACGACGAAGAGGGUGAGACGGGUUUAGGCGGAGUGCGAAAGGCGACAGCGGAUGGCACGAGAUUUUUUUUUAUAGUCCAUGGCAUGUCCAGUUAACAGGUUACUUUUUCCUCUCUCAAAGCUUGAUCUCUUGCUGGUGCUGUUAUUAUCAGCUAAGCUAUAAGCUUACAUGCAAACAAGUGAUUUGACUUUAGUUCAGUUAUUCUUUCCUUCGCUCCGGGACAACAUUGGAAGAGCUGAGAACCUCGAGAUCAAGCUUAUGCCGUCCUCAGUAAUAGUUCAAUUGUAUAGACUCGUUUGGUUAUGACUGAUUAUUAUUAUUUUUUUAGUUUGUUCUAUUCUACCCGGUAAUUCGCCACCGCCGGUAGCUGCUUGCCUUCUAACCCGUUGCUAUCCCGUUUGAUCCUUUGCGGUGAUCCGCUGGUUGAGCUCCAGGAUUGUCACCUCACCCUUCAGCCCAAGCCGUCGUUCGUCAGUCAGUCGUAUACGGCGAAAUAACGACGAAAUCUUCCUCGAAUCGUCAACUUUGUGCUGGCGGUUGGAAUCCUAUCUGACGGGAUUUAGCCGACACACGCCGUUAGGCUCGGCUUCUAAAUCCCUCCUCAUUCACCCAACUCCGCGAACUUGAAAAUCCCCAACUCGCCAAUAUUCAUCCGGUCUUCCCACCAUCUUCGUGAGCCAUCUACCUCGAGAAACUAUUUUCUUGUUUUCUAUAAUUACGAUUGAAAAUUAAUCAGCAGCGAUGAACCAGUUACACCAUAGUCAUGGGCCGUUGUCAACAUUAGAAGAUUUGGUGGCUAGCGAAUCGGCACGCGUCUCGGCAGGUAUCGGGAGUGUAGCGGGCCAGAGCCCUCUCGAUGGUGCCCCUCAGUCACGCAACCACCACGUACAUUCGCCCACGAUAAACCACAAUCAAGAAAAGACGGGACUGAAGGUCAGCCACGAUGACGACAACUGCGAUGAAUCGGACAACGAGCAGGACAACGGGAAGAAGAAGCGAACUCGUCGACAACGGACACAUUUCACCAGCCAGCAGCUACAGGAACUAGAGGCGAACUUCUCUCGUAACCGUUACCCCGAUCUCUCGACUAGGGAAGAGAUAUCAGCAUGGUGUAACCUGACUGAGACCAGAGUUAGGGUCUGGUUCAAAAAUCGAAGAGCGAAAUGGCGCAAACGGGAACGAAACCAACUACACGAGUUAAAGAACGGUCUCGGUGCUGGCUUCAACGGCCUCAUGCAGCCUUUCGAUGACGGCCUCUACUCAGGCUAUUCCUACAACAACUGGGCAGCAGCGAAAACCGCCAACCACCUGGGUACCAAGAGUUUUGCGUGGUCAUUGAACACGGUGAACCCAUUGUCGAUGACCAGCCAACAGAUGUGUUUCAACCCCCCACCGACCACGCUGAGCUCGACUUUCUCUGCCGCGACCCCUGUCAACGGCGUUGGCCAAGGGUUGAACUCUCUCAACAACGCCGCAGCCGCAGCAGCCGUGGGCGCCGCCAGCUACCCUUACGGUUCACCGCCUGGAGCGCCGCCGUAUAUGUAUCGUGAGCCGUGUACAAACAGCAUUGCUUCACUCCGCCUCAAAGCCAAGCAACAUCAUUCCUCCAACGUACCCGGUUUGAGCUACCCAGUCCGCCAGAGCCCCACGCUUUCAGCUUGCCAAUACGCUGGUCUCAACGGUCCCGCAACAUGAGACGCUCAUCAAACAUUACCAGAAACUUUUUUUCCUGGAAAAGCAGGACGCUGAAAGAAAGAUCAACUCGAACUUCUAUAAAGAAAAAAAAAAGUCGACGUUGAUUGGCUGAUGGACUCAGAGAGUAAUGAUUGCAUGUUGUUCAAUGUUCAUCAUGUUUAUAUCAUUAAACAAAACUGAUUCUAUUUCUGGAUGAUCUUACGGUUCGCGAUUGAUCAUUCAUGGACAUUUUUUUUUCAUCUUGAUUAAUGGAAUGUUUCAUCUGUUUGAUUUUUUUGCACCUCAUUAUUUUACUUCAAGCACCUUUAUAAUGAUAGGAAGAGAACCAUCGAAAUGUGGAUUUCUCUUUAUUGAUGCAUAAACAUAUGAGCUUCCCCAAUGGUGAUGUUUUACUUUUUAUAUAAAGGCUAUUAAAAACCCAGGUAUUGCCACCCCAUUCCCGCCGCCUUAUUAUUAAACAUGAAACUAAGAUAAAAGAACAAUAAUUGUUCUGUGUAUCAUGUGAGCAUGUUACUCCCAAAAUACAUUCAGUAAAAGUAUAAUAAUGAUAAGAAAAAAAAACGAAAAGUAAUGCUGCUUUUCUAAGCAAUUUAUUUUUUUUCUUAUGUAUAAAGCGAAAAUACUCAAAUCGCUGUUUACUCAAUUCGAUUUUCUUCUCAUAUUCUUGUGACAUAUUUCUUAGGACCUGCAAAACGAAUUCAAACGUUUAUUAUUAGCCUCCCCUUGUCCCCUUCCAGUACAUUUUUAUUUCUCCCUUAGUAUUCUAGAACUUGAGUAUACUCAAGUUCAAAAUAUAUAUGAGUAUAGUAUACUCAAGUUCAAAAUACAUUUUCAUUUAUUUUGAUAAUCAUAAUAAUGGUGUAUUAAAAUUGUCUGUCAAUAAUUCCUCCUUCCCCAUUAUGUUGCUCCUCUCCAUUUCUUUCUCUUUUUCUCGCUUGCUCUCUCUCAUCCCUUUCACUUUCUCUUUGUAUCUCCUCUCUCUUUGUAAUUACUCUCUCAUCUCUUGCUCACCCCUUCUAUUUCUAUGCCUAUCUUCCCUUUUUCUCUCUGUCCUUCUCAUCACCCUCUUUGCCCUUCUAUCGAUCUUCUCUCCCCCUUCCACCAACCCUCCACCGUCCUUGUCCCGCUAAUGUGGGGUUAGGAGUACUUUUACCCACCGGUGCAACCCUCUUCUCGAGUGUUUAUUUUUCCACUGUCAAUGUCACUGUGAUGACAAGUCAUCGUGUUUAAUGCUGGUAUCUUGACCUUAUUUCGUCAUCGUGCCAAGGUAGGCUGGAGAGAGAAGGAUGCAGGCAGACGGUGGAUGAUGUUAAAGGGCUGUGGUGGUGGGGAGUUAAGGAGCUGGGGGAGGGGUGUGCAACAUGCACCCCUUCCCGCGAUCUUUCCACCCAAAGACACUGUAUUUCAAAGAUUUACAAUUAUUAAACAUCGAUUUUGAAUGAUGGUUAUUAGCGGGUGUGUUGAACAGUGAUGAUGGAAAUGCACUUGCUAUAGCAUAAUUUAUUUUGAUUGGCCAUUUCAAGUUUUUUCGCUCGAUUAUUCGGCUAUUUUGAGAUAUAAAUUUGUGGGCCGUUUCAUAAGGCUUUUUGUAUAAGUUAAUAGCGACUUUAAGAAUGUCUGGUGAUCCU